ACAGUAAUGGUAAAUCUAGAAGAUUCGUGAGAGCGAAUGUUUGGAAGUUGCUUUUUGAGUCGUUGGAUAAUAGCGGCAUAAAUGAGACAUACGCGGCACAUCGAGACACACAGAGACAAAGAAAAGAAGCACUGGUUUGAUUAUUUCCCUUUUAUCUCUUUGGUUCUCUCAGCCCCUUUCUUAGCGCUCACAAACUCAACACCAUCAUGAUGUGGGAAUGGGGCGAUUACGAAGACGCCAUCCCAGAAUCCGACCAACCCGAACCCGAUUCUCAUCUCAACUUCGAUUUCUUCUCCACCCUCGCCAAACCCAAGGAUUAUUAUAAGAUACUGGAAGUGGAUUAUGAUGCUACGGACGAUGAUAUUCGCUCCAAUUACAUUCGUCUCGCUCUGAAGUGGCACCCGGACAAGCAGAAAGCCCAGGAUUCUACUACCUCGCGAUUCCAAGACAUAAACGAGGCCUACCAGGUUUUGAGUGAUCCAGUCAAAAGGAGGGAAUAUGACAUAAACGGAAUGCGUUAUGAAUAUGAUUACAAUAUCAUUGAUUAUCUUAAUCGUUACAAGGGCCUUAUCUUGACUUGCAAUGGCCUUGGCAUAAAGCAUUCGAUAUGGUAAACAAAAACAUGACAGAUAGCCUUUCAGUGCAUCUAGGACAGUUUUUUAGAAGUACCUGGCACUGCAUGCCAUGCUUAGUGUUGAAGAUAUCUGAUUAUGAUGUCCUGGAGAGAGUUUCAUGCUUUUUUGUAUAAAAGAAAUGGACAAAAUGGAACUUCUACCUGUUGUAAUUAUGCUCUCUCUUCCCUUGCCUUCCUUCAUACUUGUGCUUAGAUAAUCUCAAAUGGUCAAGAUGCAUAAGUUGAAUUUAAUUCUAACAUUGGUUCGACUAAACUAAAAUUCACUAGGCCAGUCUUCCGAAAAGAACAUUGAUUAAAGGGAUUACACAAUUUAAGUUAUUUAAUUUAGCAAUAGUUCAGUUAUUAUCAA